AUGGAGGUACAUAAAUCUAAGUUGAGGAACGAAGAUUUGGACAUGGAGGAGGAGGAGGAUGAUUUGAAGAAGAAUAGGCGAGAUCGUGAUCGGAGUAAGGAGCGGAAGAAGGAUAAGAGUUCGGAGAAGCGCCGCGAGAAGGACAGACGCAAGAGACGGUCUGAGAGAGUGAAGAGUAGUGAUUCUGAAGAUGAGUACGAUAGAGAUGAUGAUGAAGAGAGGGAGAAGCGUAAAGAGAAGGACAAGGAGCGGAGACGGAGGGAUAAAGAGCGGGCGAAGAGACGGUCGGAGAGAAAGAAGAGUAGCGAUUCCGAAGAUGACGAUGAAGAAGAUGAUGAGAGGGAUAAACGCAGAGCGAAGGAGAAGGAGAGAGGACACCGAGACCAUGAGAGAGAUAGGGGCAAAGAUCGGAAAAGAGAUAGAGAUAGAGAGAGGGAGGAGAGAAAGGAGAGAGAAAGAGAAAGGGAGAAGGAUAGAGCGAGGAGAGAACGGGAGCGAGAGGAGCGGGAGAAGGAGAGAGUAAAAGAAAGAGAAAGGCGGGAUCGGGAACGGGAAGAUGCAGAGAGGGAUAGGAGAGAACGUGAGAAAGAAAGGGGUAGCAGGAACCGGGAAAGAGGGAGGUCACGAGAGGAUGGCAACGAAGAGAGUGAUGAUGAUGUCAAGCGUGAUUUGAAGCGUAGAAGAAAAGAGGGCGAAGAACGGAAGGAGAAAGAGCGUGAAAAGAGUGUUGGUAGAUCUAGCAGGCAUGGAGAUGAAAAUGGAGAUAGUCCAAGGAGAAAGAGUGGCGAGGAGGAUGGUGAAAAGAAAGAGAAGAAAACCCGCGAAGAAGAACAGGAGGAUGAGCAGAAAAAGUUGGAUGAGGAGGUGGAAAAACGAAGAAGAAGAAUCCAGGAGUGGCAAGAGUUAAAGAGGAAAAAGGAGGAAGCUGAGAGUGAAAGUAAGGGUGAAGCGGAUGAUAAAGAGCCCAAGGCCGGCAAGGCUUGGACUCUGGAAGGAGAAUCUGAUGAUGAAGAAGGCCACCAGGAGGAAAAAUCAGAAACAGAGAUAAAAGUUGAUGGAGAGACUAAACCCGAAAAUGGUGGAGAUGCCAAGAUGGCAGACUUGGAAAAUGAGACAGCUGUUACUGUCUCUGAGAAUGGAGAUGAUGGAGCUGCAGAUGAAGAAGAAAUUGAUCCUUUAGAUGCUUUUAUGAAUGCUAUGGUAUUACCUGAGGUUGAGAAGCUUAGCAGUAGUGCUCCUCCUCCAGUAGAUAAGGAUGGUAUUUUUGAUGGGAAGGAAAGUGGUGACCAGCCAAAGAAAAGUUUCAAUAAGUCCCUUGGUCGGAUAAUGCAAGGUGAAGAUUCUGAUUCCGAUUAUUCAGAACCGAAGAAUGAUGAUGAUCCAAGUUUAGAGGAAGACGAUGAGGAGUUCAUGAAGAGGGUAAAGAAGACGAAAGCAGAAAAAUUGUCUCUGGUUGACCACUCAAAAAUAGAGUAUGAACCUUUCCGGAAGAACUUCUAUAUUGAAGUGAAGGAUAUUUCAAGGAUGACAGAAGAAGAAGUUACAGCUUACAGAAAGGAAUUGGAGCUGAAAGUUCAUGGAAAGGAUGUACCUAGACCCAUAAGAUCUUGGCAUCAGACUGGACUAACUAACAAAAUUUUGGAUACCAUGAAGAAGCUCAAGUAUGAAACGCCAAUGCCUAUCCAAACACAAGCACUUCCAAUCAUCAUGAGCGGUCGAGAUUGUAUUGGAGUUGCAAAAACCGGCUCAGGUAAAACGCUAGGUUUUGUUCUGCCUAUGUUGAGGCAUAUCAAGGAUCAGCCUCCAGUUGAAGCUGGUGAGGGGCCGAUUGGGCUUGUGAUGGCACCUACUAGGGAGCUUGUUCAGCAGAUUCACAGCGACAUUAAAAAGUUUUCAAAGGCACUGGGUAUAAGAUGUGUUCCUGUGUAUGGAGGAUCAGGAGUUGCGCAGCAAAUUAGUGACCUAAAACGAGGGACUGAGAUUGUUGUUUGCACUCCUGGGAGGAUGAUUGAUAUUCUUUGCACAAGCGGUGGAAAAAUCACCAAUCUGCGGAGGGUCACGUUUUUGGUAAUGGAUGAAGCUGAUCGUAUGUUUGACAUGGGUUUUGAGCCUCAAAUAACUCGUAUUAUUCAAAAUAUCCGACCUGAUCGGCAGACUGUGCUCUUUUCUGCCACUUUUCCACGCCAAGUUGAAACUUUGGCACGUAAAGUCUUGAACAAGCCGAUUGAAAUACAGGUUGGUGGAAGGAGUGUUGUAAAUAAGGAUAUAACUCAGCUAGUGGAAGUCAGACCAGAGAAUGAGAGGUUCUUUAGGCUUCUGGAACUCCUUGGGGAAUGGUAUGAGAAAGGAAAAAUGUUGAUUUUUGUUCAGUCACAGGAAAAGUGUGAUGCCUUGUUUAGGGAUUUGAUUAAAAGGAGUUACCCUUGCCUAUCUCUUCACGGGGGUAAGGAUCAGACUGAUCGCGAAUCAACUAUAUCUGAUUUCAAGAGCAAUGUCUGCAAUUUGUUGAUUGCCACAAGUAUUGCAGCUAGGGGUCUAGAUGUGAAAGAUCUUGAGUUGGUUGUAAACUAUGAUGCUCCAAAUCACUAUGAAGACUAUGUGCAUCGUGUUGGCAGGACAGGAAGGGCAGGGCGUAAAGGCUGUGCUGUGACAUUUAUAUCUGAAGAUGAUGCAAAAUAUGCACCAGAUUUGGUCAAGGCCCUGGAACUUUCUGAGCAGCCAGUCCCCGAUGAUGUGAAAGCAAUUGCUGAUGGUUUCAUGGCAAAAGUGAAGCAGGGUAUUGAGCAAGCUCAUGGAACUGGCUAUGGAGGUAGUGGCUUUAAAUUCAACGAAGAGGAGGAAGAAGUUAGGAAAGCAGCAAAGAAAGCACAAGCGAAGGAGUAUGGGUUUGAGGAAGACAAGUCUGACUCGGAAGAUGAGAAUGAUGUAGUUAGAAAGGCAGGUGGUGAUAUCUCACAGCAGGCAACACUUGCUGUUGCUCAGAUAGCCGCCAUUGCUGCUGCUGCUGCUAAAGCUAAUGCUCCAGUGAUUGCGCCUGUGACUGCUAACCAUUUACCGACAAAUAGUGUCGGGCUUGCCGUUGUGCCAGGUGUCCUUCCGGUUGCUGUUCCUGGCGUUAUUGAUGGGGCAGGCCGUGCGGCAGCCAUGGUUGCUGCCAUUAACCUGCAACAUAACCUGGCAAAGAUACAAGCUGAUGCAAUGCCUGAACACUACGAAGCAGAGCUAGAAAUCAAUGAUUUUCCACAAAAUGCUCGUUGGAAGGUGACCCACAAAGAUACUUUGGGUCCAAUAUCAGAUUGGACUGGAGCCGCCAUUACCACUAGAGGUCAGUUUUAUCCUCCCGGACGUAUCGCAGGACCUGGGGAACGCAAGCUCUACUUGUUCAUUGAAGGCCCUACUGAGAAAUCUGUUAAGCAAGCGAAAGGAGAACUUAAGCGUGUUCUUGAAGACAUUACAAAUCAGGCUUUGUCCCUUCCUGGAGGAGCACAACCCGGCAGAUACUCUGUCCUAUAA